CUAGAUUGUACUUGCGAAAUACUACCACUUAGAGCCGGUAAAUCGACGUCGAUGCGGGUAAAUACCUAAAAAAGGGGUGCUAAUUGCCCCACUACAACCACUGGCGCUCACGCUCAUGAAUAGAAUUGCGUGAUUGAUCGACUCCGCUUCAACUUCAACUUCCCAUUCAACAAGGUCUUCCGGGAAGGCAUCGAUCAAUUGAUCUAGCUGGCCCUGCGAAAUGACAUCGACAUCAGAGACAGAGGAUGGGGCCUCGAGACCUCUUCUAGCUGAUCAGCGAGAGUCGCGGGACACUGGCUUAGCCGAUGAUGCUGCCCCGCUAUCAGCUCCGGACCGCGAAAGUGGCACGUUCACCAAGAAUCUUGGUGCUCUCGAAGCUUUUGCCAUCGUCAUCAGUAUCGUCAUCGGGAGUGGUAUAUUCACUUCCCCCGGCUCGAUAGACACCAAUGUACCGUCUCCCGGUUCUGCGUUGGUGGUCUGGUUGAUCGGUGGCGUGCUCGCGUGGACUGGUGCUUCUACCAUGGCGGAAUUAGGAACCGCCAUUCCUGGAGAGGGCGGAGUACAGCCUUACCUCCAGUACAUUUUUGGAGACGUCUUCGGCUUCUUAGCCGCUUGGACAUGGAUUGUGGCCGUGAUGCCGGCUACCCUUGCUAUUCUGAGCAUCGUAUUCGUCGAGAGCAUCUACUCUUCGCUGGGAGUGACCGACCAAGCCGGAAGGAUAGAACACAAGUUAUUUUCUAUCCUCAUCCUGGUUGUUAUUAGCGUCGCCAAUUCCAUCAGCACUAAAGCCAGCACUCGUCUGAACAACUUUUUCGUAGUAACGAAAUUCGUCACCAUUGCGGCUGUUGUGAUUGCAGGCAUAGUGGUCGCUAUCCUUCAGGCUACUGACCCCGAGAGGGACAUUGGGGGAAGAGACUGGUUCACGAAGUCCUGGUUUGCUAAUCGUGUAGUUACUAACCCGGAUGGGAGCAAGACAGACUGGAAUCAAUUGGGCGAAUGGGAGAUUCUCGGCCACUACUCCGCAGCGCUGUACGGCGCACUAUGGGCCUAUUCAGGGUGGGACAAGGCAAUUUAUAUCUCUGCUGAAUUGCAAUCACCAGCGCGUCAGCUACCGCUCUCUAUCAAUACCGCCGUUCCAACCAUCAUUCUUUGCUUCAUCACCGCCAACGCUGCCUAUUACAUCCUACUUCCAUGGGACGUCGUCUCUACCACAGAUAGCGUGGCUGUUACCGCGAUAACCCGUAUUCUUGGCGGUGGGUUUGGUAUCUUGGCUGCAAUUCUCAUAUGCCUAGUCGUCGCUGGUUCUCUUCUUGGCAACUCAUUUGUUGCUGGUCGUAUGGCAGUUGCUGCCGCUAGGCUGGAUUGGUUUCCCCAUCUAUUCGCCUCGGUCGGCCAUAUCGGGUUGAAACCUCGAACGGAGGAUGAGCCCACAUCCCCUCAUGAUGAGCAGACAGCUCCUACUACGGCCCGCUCAGAUGCUCCCAUAAACGCCAUCAUACUUUCGGCCGUCCUCUCCGCUCUGUAUAUCCUCUUGGGCAAUUUCCGCGCGCUCCUGACUUUCAAUGGCUUGGGCGAGUAUUCAUUCUUCUUCUUGACGGUAUUAGGUGCGAUUGUCCUAAGAUUCAGGGAGCCCGAAUUACGACGACCGUAUAAGCCGUUUAUCCUAGUUCCGAUAGUAUUCGCUGUAGUCAGCGGGUUCGUGGUGAUCAGGGGAGCUUUCUUCGCGCCCGUGCUAGCGCUAGUGGUUAUCGUCGUUUGGAUAAUAGGUCUGGGAUUUUACUGGGUCAGGAAACGGUUAGCUGCACGGCAGGUCGAAUGAUGACUGAGAAAUACAGCUGAAAUUAUGUGCCUGGAUAAUAAGCAAUGAGAUCAAGAUGCACAAAUUCUCGCUGUUUUCGAAUACGUACCUAGGUAACUACGAAAACGCUUUGGACCUAGUCGCAGCUUAUGGGCUAUCUGACUCGACCCCGACCCCCUCCAAACUGAGUCGCCGGGUACCUAUUUUAUAAAGGGGCUAACAGUCUCUCAGUCUUACGUAGUAAUUGGACGUCAACUACUCUCCAAGAA